UUUACAACCGCGUGUGUGGCGUGCUCGGUGCCGUAAAGUGCAUCGAAAUAAACCCUAAAACACCGCACAGCCAGCAAAAUGCGUAUCGAGACGUGUUUCUUCUGCUCCAACAAAAUCUUCCCGGGACACGGGAUGGUUUUUGUGCGCAACGACUGCAAGGUCUUCCGGUUUUGCCGUCCGAAAUGCCGCCGUGAGUUCAACAAAAAGAAGAACCCACGUAAGCUGCGCUGGACCAAGGCGUACCGCAAGACGCACGGAAAGGAGCUGACGGUCGAUCCGAGCUUCGAGUUCGAGAAGCGCCGCAACGUCCCGGUGAAGUACGACCGUGAGCUGUGGAACAAGACGAUCGACGCGGUGAAGAAGAUCAACGAAAUCAAACUGCGACGCGAGUGCCACUUCGUUAUGGAGCGUCUCCGGAAGGCCCGUGACCACGAAAUCCACCGGGACAUCGUGGACGUGCAGAAGAACAUCGCGCUCAUUCGCUCGCCCGCCAUCGGAGUGAAGGAACGACGGGCGAAGGAGGAGGCUCAGGAAUCGGCACUACUAAUGGACAUGGAGCAGGACGAGGAGGAAGAGGAGAUCCAGUACGUCGAUGCCCGCAAACUCGAGAAGCAACUAGAGGAGUCGGCCGGUCUGCUCGAGGAUGAUGAAGAGAUGAUGAAGGCAUAAUAGGGUUUGAUUCGUAAGAAACUAAAUUUAAGAGCACGGAUGUAAUAUAAACGUGGAAUCACUGGUGUGUUGAAUGUGCGCCAGUUGUGACUGUAAACAAA